AACAUUGCGUCUCCUGCAGAAGUCGCUGGGCCGAGGAGAAGCGCAGGGGACUCGCGGCUGGAGGCAUCGCGGGCUGUGGGGUCGCCACUGACACAAGGAAGGAGCUGCCACAUUUCCUGGCUACGUGGAGAUCCGCAGGUUUUUUUCUCCCCUCCAAAGGUGUUCGCCUCCCGACCCACCGCCCACCACGGCCCUCACCUGUGUGUUGCGGUGCUUCCCUUGUGAGCCGACCUGGGCUGGCAGUCCGUUCUUGCACCGCCCGCCAACCCCGCCCAUGGUCAGAAUGACGCGCUCCAAGACCUUCCAGGCGUACCUGCCCAGCUGCCAUCGGACCUACAGCUGCAUCCACUGCCGAGCUCACCUGGCCAACCACGACGAGCUCAUAUCCAAGUCAUUCCAGGGCAGCCAGGGCAGAGCCUACCUGUUUAACUCAGUGGUGAACGUCGGGUGCGGCCCUGCAGAGGAGAGAGUGUUGCUCACAGGCCUGCACGCUGUAGCAGAUAUCUACUGUGAGAACUGCAAGACGACCCUGGGCUGGAAAUACGAACAUGCUUUUGAGAGCAGUCAGAAGUACAAAGAGGGCAAGUUCAUCAUUGAGCUGGCCCACAUGAUCAAGGACAACGGCUGGGACUGAGGGACAAGCACCCGGGACAUGACUGACCGCGACAGUGGAGGGGGGGUACAAAUGGAUAGAGGCGGGGGAACCGGGGGGGAACGUGUGUGGUGGGUGAGUGUGUGACUUUGGUUUGGCUGAUUUACCAUUAACCUUUGUAACUCUCUGCCAAUCCCUCCCUACCAUGGCUCUUGAUACACACACACACGCACACACACACACAUGCAUGCACGCACGCACACACGCGCACACACACACACGAUCAAGAUCCCAAACAUCCCAGCUCGACACACUAGGCAGGCUUGUAUGCAGCUAGCAGGACUAGGUGACAGGCCAGCAAUAGUGAUGUCCUUUUUCACUUUUUUUUGUUUGUUUCUGAAACAUGAUUCGAUAACACUUAAAAAGGUGAUAACACUCCUUUCAUAGCUUCUAGGAAACAUUGACAUUGUCUGAAGCGCUCCAUCUUGUCUAACAAUGACGUUAAAGCCAGCUGUUGACAGGUGAUUCAGUGGAAAUUUUCCCGGAAGGAGGGCAGUCGGCACGUCACGGCACAGCGUGGGUUGAUUGGCCUGAAGCGCUGACGGACAUUCACUCUGUCCGCAGCAUGAAUGAGACCAGCUCAAAUCCAGCUGAUCGGGGCCGUGCCAGCUGGGCCAGUGAUGAGGCCUGGUGCUGAGGCCUGGCACCGAGGCCUGAGCACAUGGGCGUGGGGAGGGGGGGGGGCUCACUCAGCUCAGUAUGGUGGUGAGGAGAAGAUCCUGAUCCAGUUAUUCAGAGUCUUUAUGGCAUUCUGGCCGGGAUCCACUCCGCGUCUUGCUAGUGAUGCAGUUGAUGACGAGCAGAGUGAGCCCACGGCUCGUCCUAAAAACCUCGCAGGAAUUUGCUCUCGCAGCAGCAGCAGCAGCAGAGCAGCUCCCCCUGGGGUUUAUUCUUCGUUCGAUUCGUAGCGUCAUGUAAAGUGAUCUCGUCAUCCCUCCUCUGUAUGUCUGGAGCCGGCGGAAUCGCUGCGUCCACCUUUGUUUCUUUGUCACAUAGAAUUAUACAACUUGUCUCAGGUGAGCGACUUUCGCUGGGAUUCCCAAAGGUUUCUGUUGUGGGUCAAUGACCAUCGAUGACGAGACUCCAUCAGCUAGUGGGGGGGUGG